AUGGAGGAGAUCGUUGUGGCCGGUAUAUCAGGCCGGCUUCCUGAGUCGAACAACCUGGAGGAAUUCUGGGAGAACCUCUUUAACGGGGUUGACAUGGUAACAGAAGAUGACCGGCGGUGGAAGCCAGGUCUCUACGGUCUUCCUAAGAGGAACGGCAAGCUGAAGGACAUCAGCCGGUUCGAUGCUGCGUUCUUCGGGGUCCACCCCAAACAGGCCCACACAAUGGACCCUCAGCUACGCCUCAUGCUGGAGAUCACCUAUGAAGCCAUCGUAGACGGAGGUCUGAACCCGACAGAGCUGCGUGGCAGCAGGACUGGCGUCUACAUCGGGGUGAGUGGUUCGGAGGCGGGCGAGGCCUUCAGCAGAGACCCCGAGGAGCUGCUAGGAUACAGCAUGACGGGCUGCCAGCGUGCCAUGUUUGCCAACCGACUGUCCUAUUUCUUUGACUUAAACGGCCCCAGCACAGCCAUUGACACGGCCUGCUCGUCCAGCCUACUGGCUCUGGAGAAUGCCUUCAACGCCAUUCGCCACGGCCACUGUGACUCCGCCCUGGUGGGUGGGGUUAACCUGCUGCUCAAGCCAAACACUUCAGUGCAGUUCAUGAAACUGGGCAUGCUCAGUCCGGACGGAACCUGCAAGUCCUUCGAUGCCUCAGGAAACGGGUACUGUCGUUCGGAAGCUGCGGUGGUGGUUCUGUUGACCAGACGCUCCAUGGCCAAGAGGGUGUACGCCACGGUCCUCAACGCUGGGAACAACACGGAUGGAUACAAGGAGCAGGGUGUCACGUUCCCAUCAGGGGAGAUGCAGCAGAGGUUGGUACGUUCUCUCUACCAGGAGGUGAACAUCACACCAGACCAGGUGGAGUACGUCGAGGCCCACGGCACUGGGACCAAGGUCGGCGACCCGCAGGAAGUGAACGGCAUUGUUAGUGUUUUCUGUCAAUCAAAGCGUGAGCCCCUUCUCAUUGGUUCCACCAAGUCCAACAUGGGUCACCCAGAACCUGCUUCUGGCCUCUCUGCCCUGGCCAAGGUUGUGUUGUCCCUGGAGCGAGGAGUGUGGGCUCCCAACAUCCACUACGACAGCCCCAACACCGACAUCCCCGCCCUUAGUGACGGCCGUCUCCGCGUCGUCAACGAGCCCAUACCGGUCGGCGGCGGCAUCGUUGGCAUCAACUCUUUCGGAUUUGGGGGUUCCAACGUUCACGUGAUCCUCCGCCCCCCUGGUCGCGACGCGGCCGAUCAUGUCAAAGCCCCACCCAAGACCCCCCCUGAGUCCUCGUUUGUACCCAGGCUGCUCCAGGCGUGUGGUCGAACGGAGGAGGCUGUCUCCACCAUCCUCAGGAAAGGGAAGGAACACUCGGGCAAUGACAGCUUCCUGUGUCUCCUCAAUGACGUGUCAGGGGUGCCCACAGCAGCGAUGCCUUACAGGGGCUACACUCUGAUUGGCUCCAAGGAUGACAUCACAGAGGUGGAGAAGACUGAGGCCACGCCCAGACCUCUGUGGUACAUCUGCUCAGGGAUGGGCACCCAAUGGGGAGGAAUGGGCCGUAGUCUCAUGCAAAUGCCGGAGUUCCGGGAGUCCAUCCUGCGUUCGGAUGUGGCCCUUAAGGACACAGGGAUGUGUGUGUCCAGUCUGCUCAUGGAGGCCGACGAGAGCACCUUUGAGGACACCGUCCAAGCCUUCGUAGGCCUCGCCGCCAUACAGAUUGCCCAGAUCGACCUGCUCCAGAAGCUGGGCCUUCAGCCGGACGGCAUCGUGGGCCACAGCGUGGGAGAGCUGGCCUGUGGCUACGCCGACGGCUCCCUCAGCCACAGCGAGGCCAUCCUGGCUGCCUACUGGAGAGGCCGGUCCAUCAAGGAGGCCAACCUGCCGGCUGGAGGCAUGGCUGCCGUUGGUCUGACGUGGGCCGAGUGUAAAGCCCAGUGUCCCCAGGGUGUGGUUCCAGCCUGUCACAACGCUGAAGACACCGUCACCAUCUCCGGCCCAGCGGAGGCUGUGAGAGCGUUUGUUGGCCAGCUGAAGGAGAGCGGCGUGUUUGCCAAGGAGGUCCGUAGCGCUGGCGUGGCCUUCCAUUCGUACUACAUGGCUGCCAUCGCCCCGGCGCUGCUGGCUGCUCUCAAGAAGGUGAUCAAGGAGCCCAAGCUGAGGUCAGCCAGGUGGAUCAGCACGUCCAUCCCCCAGAAGGACUGGGACAGCCCCCUGGCUCUGUACUCUUCAGCAGAGUACCACUGUAACAACCUGGUCAGUCCUGUCCUGUUCCAGGAGGGUCUGAGCCUGGUUCCUGACAAUGCUGUGGUGGUAGAGAUUGCCCCACACGCUCUGCUGCAGGCCAUCCUAAAGCGCAGCCUGAAGCCCACGUGUUCUAUCCUUCCACUGAUGAGGAGAGGCCAUGCCAACAACUUGGAGUUCUUCCUGUCCAAUGUUGGAAAGGUCUACAUGAAGGGGAUCGCCGUGGACAGUAAGCAGCUGUACCCCCCCGUGGAGUACCCUGUGCCCCCUGGCACCCCCUUGAUCUCCCCCCUGGUGCAGUGGGACCACUCCCAGACCUGGGACGUGCCCAAGGCUGACGACUUCCCUUCCGGCUCUGGAGGAUCCACCUCCGCUACCAUCUAUAACAUCGACAUGAACCCUGAGUCUCCAGACUACUACAUGAUUGGCCACUGCAUUGAUGGGCGUGUCCUGUACCCGGCCACUGGUUACCUGGUGCUGGCCUGGAGGACCCUGAUGAGGAGCCUGGGUGUUGUCAUGGAAACCACUCCUGUCACCUUCGAGGACGUCACCAUCCACAGGGCCACCAUCUUACCCAAGACCGGUUCAGUCCAGUUGGAGGUGCGUCUCAUGCCCGCCACCAAUCGCUUUGAGGUCUCUGAGAAUGGAAACCUGGCUGUCAGUGGCAAGGUGAGCAUUCUUGAGGAUGCAGCGUUGGACUCAUUCCACUCUCAGAUUGGUGAGCCUAUUGCUGGGGCUGAUGUUGACUCCAAACUGCGCCUGACGGCAAGUGACAUCUACAAGGAGCUCCGUCUCCGCGGUUACGACUAUGGCAAGACCUUUCAGGGCAUUCUGGAGUCCAACAACGCAGGUGACAGUGGGAUGUUACAGUGGACUGGUAACUGGGUGACCUUUCUGGACACCAUGCUGCAGAUGAUCGUGGUCGGCCUGUCAGGACGCAGCCUUCGCCUGCCUACACGAAUCCGCUCUGUGUGUGUGGACCCCACAAUACACCAGGAGAGGGUCAUUGAAUACGCAGAGGACAUGAAAGCGGUGGUCGUCAAUGUCAACCGUUGCCUUGACAGCAUUGUGGCCGGCGGAGUCCAAAUCUGCGGGCUCCAUGCCACUGUAGCGCCGCGUCGUCAACAGCAACAGAGCCCACCUACACUGGAGGAGUUUCUGUUUGUACCCUACCGGGAGAUGGAGUGCCUGUCAGCCAAUGAGAAGUUGGGAGACCAGCUCAGCCACUGCAAAGACCUGAUCCACAAGCUCCAGAAGAAGCUGGCUCCUCAGGGAGUCAAGCUGUCCAUCCCCGGCCUAGAGGGGAUGUCUGACCCUGCUGUCCCCCGCCCAGAGCCCUCUGAGCCUGGUUUGCUCCGGCUACUGUCCCUGCUGUGUGGUCUGGAGCUGAACGGUAACCUGCGGUCAGAGCUGGAGCAGACUGUAGAGAAAGAGAGGGGUUGUCUCCUUCAGGACACACUGAUGCACGGCCUGCUGGACGGGCCAGCCUUCAGACAUUGCCUGGACACGGCCCUGGAGAACACCACCCCUGGGAAGAUCAAAGUCCUGGAGGCUCUCUCCAGUGAUGGCCAGCUCUUUUCCCGUGCUGUACCCCUCCUCAACAUCCAGCCAAUGCUUCACCUUGACUACAUCGCCACCGCGACGACCCUCGACCUACUGACUCCCCAUCAGACCACCCUGGACGCCCUGGGAAUCACCUCGGCCCAGUGGGACCCACAGCAGGGCCCAGUGCCCGGGGGGGCGGUCGGAGGGGCUGACCUGGUGGUGUGUAACCACGCCUGGGGGACCCUGGGGGUCGGGGCGGACGUGCUGGUGGGGAACCUGGCCUCUGGGGCCAAGGCGGGGGCCUUUGUGAUGCUCCACACCCUGCUGAAGGGAGAGACGCUGGGGGAGACGGUGGCCUUCCUCACCUCCAAGGACAGCCAGAACAACCAUCGGGGACUGCUGUCGCAGGCUGAGUGGGAGGAGGUGUUUUCUGAUGCGUCUCUGAAUGUACUGGCUGUCAAGAAGUCUUUCUAUGGCUCCGCCGUCUUCUUGUGUCGCCGUCGGUUACCCAGUAGACAGCCCAUCUUCCUGCCUGUGGACAGCAUGGACUACCAGUGGGUGGAGACACUCAAGGCAACACUGGCUGAGCACUCAGACUCUCCUGUUUGGCUGACAGCCACUCAGGGCCACUCUGGGGUGGUUGGCAUGGUUAACUGUCUGCGCCAGGAGCCGGGGGGAAACCGCAUACGGUGUGCGUUUGUCUCCAACCUGUCAGAUUCCUCUGUGUCCCCAAUUCUGCAGCCGACCCAUAAUUCCAUGCAGUCUGUGCUGGAGGGAGACCUGUGUAUGAACGUGUUUAGGGAUGGGCACUGGGGAGUGUUCAGACACCAGCUAAUCUCCCAAGAUCUGAGUGAGGAGUUGACGGAGCAGGCGUAUGUCAACGUGUUGACCCGCGGGGACCUGUCCUCUCUGCGUUGGAUCGCCUCGCCGCUCCGCCAUUUUGUGGCGAGCAGCCCCCACGUGCAGCUGUGCCGUGUCUACUACAGCUCCCUGAACUUCAGAGACAUCAUGCUGGCUACGGGGAAACUGCCCCCAGAUGCCAUACCAGGUGACCUGGCCCUGCAGCAGUGCAUGUUGGGUAUGGAGUUCUCUGGCCGUGCCCCCAGUGGUAAACGAGUGAUGGGGCUCCUUCCUGCCAAAGGCCUGGCCACAUGUGUGGAUGCUGACUCACGCUUUCUGUGGGACGUCCCAGACAACUGGACCCUGGAACAGGCAGCGUCGGUGCCAGUGGUCUACGCCACAGCCUAUUACUCCCUGGUGGUGCGAGGCAGGCUCCGCCCAGGAGAGAGUGUUCUCAUCCACUCGGGUUCAGGGGGUGUCGGCCAAGCUGCCAUCGCCAUCGCUCUCAGCCAGGGUUGCAGGGUCUUCACCUCAGUCGGUUCAGCAGAGAAGCGGGCCUACCUGCAGGAGCGUUUCCCACAGCUCACUGCUGAGUCCUUCGCCAACUCUAGAGACGCCACCUUUGAACAGCACGUCCUGCUACACACACAGGGAAAAGGAGUGGACAUGGUGUUGAACUCACUGGCUGAGGAGAAGCUACAGGCCAGUCUUCGCUGCUUGGCCCGACAUGGUCGCUUCCUGGAAAUCGGAAAAUACGACCUUUCCAACAACUCUCCUCUUGGUAUGGCUCUCUUCCUGAAGAAUGUGGCAUUCCACGGGAUCCUGUUGGAUGCUCUAUUUGAGGAAGGCAACAGGGAGUGGGAGGAGGUGUCUGAGCUGUUGAAAGAGGGAAUUGUGGGAGGUGUAGUCCAACCACUGAAAACAACAGUGUUUGAGAGAGACCAGGUAGAGGAGGCAUUCAGAUACAUGGCCCAGGGAAAACACAUCGGCAAAGUCCUACUGCAGGUUCGUUCUGAGGAGAAGGGCAGUGGUGUCCAGACUGUGGGUUCUCCCCUUUCACUACCCGCCAUCUGCCGAACCUUCUGCCCCGCCUCCCAGUCAUACAUCAUCACCGGCGGAUUGGGUGGCUUUGGCUUAGAGCUUGCCCAUUGGCUGACGGAGAGAGGUGCCCGCAAACUGGUGCUCACCUCCAGAUCAGGCAUCCGCAACGGUUACCAGGCGAAGCGCGUGCGUGAGUGGCAGGGGAUGGGAGUGCAGGUGCUGGUUUCCACCAGUGACGUCAGCACGGAGGAGGGGGCUGAGAGACUCAUCAACGAGGCCUGCAGGCUGGGGCCUGUGGGAGGAGUCUUCCACCUGGCCAUGGUGUUGAAGGAUGGAAUGCUGGAGAAUCUGACUCCUCAGCUGUUCCUGGAUGUCAACAAACCCAAAUACAAUGGCACCCUCCACCUGGACAGAGUGACCAGGAAGCAUUGUCCAGACCUCCGCUACUUUGUAGCCUUCUCGUCUGUUAGCUGCGGCCGCGGCAACGCCGGCCAGAGUAACUACGGAUACGCUAAUUCCGCCAUGGAGCGCGUGUGCGAGCAGCGGUGCCAUGACGGCCUGCCCGGACUGGCCGUCCAAUGGGGUGCCAUCGGCGACGUGGGCGUGGUCCUAGAGACCAUGGGCGGUAAUGAUGUGGUGGUGGGCGGGACUCUCCCGCAGCGCAUCGCCUCCUGCCUGGAGGUGCUGGACCGCUUCCUGUGCGAGCGGCGCCCGGUGAUGUCGAGCUUCGUGCUGGCCGAGAGGAGCGCGGUGAAGAGCGAAGGAGCAGGCCAGCGAGACCUGGUUGAGGCUGUGGCCCAUAUACUGGGUGUGCGUGAUGUCAGCAGCCUGAACUCUGACGCCUCAUUGGCCGAUCUGGGUUUGGACUCUCUGAUGGGAGUGGAGGUGCGUCAGACGCUGGAGCGAGACUACGACAUCGUCAUGGCGAUGAGAGAGAUCCGACAACUCACCAUCAACAAGCUCAGAGAGCUGUCCAGCAAGCCAGUAGGAACAGCAGAGUCCGGUCAGUCUCCGUUGAAGAAGGCUGGUGUGCGUUCCCUGCUGGAGUCGGACCUCAGCUUGAUGCUGGUCAACCCGGACGGCCCCACCGUGUCACGGCUCAACGAGGUGCAGAGCGCCGAGCGCCCGCUCUUCCUGGUCCACCCCAUAGAGGGUUCCAUCGCCGCCUUCCGCACCCUGACCGCCAAGCUCAGCGUGCCCUGCUACGGCCUGCAGUGCACCAAAGCUGCUCCGCUGGACAGCAUCCAGUCCCUGGCCACGUACUAUGUAGACUGCAUACGGCAGGUGCAGUCGGAUGGACCGUACCGGAUCGCCGGCUACUCCUUUGGGGCCUGCGUGGCGUUCGAGAUGUGUUCCCAGCUGCAGGCUCAGGGGGGCAGCGUGGAGUACCUGUUCCUCUUCGACGGGUCCCACUCCUAUGUCGCCGCUUACACACAGAGCUACAAAUCCAAGCUGACCCCCGGGAAAGAGUCCGAAGCCGAGACUGAAGCUCUGUGCGCCUUCAUCCAGCAGUUCACUGGCAUCGAGUACAACAAGUUGUUAGAGACCCUCCUCCCCCUGUCUGAUCUGGAGGCCCGUGUCAACAUGGCGGUUGACCUCAUCACCUCCAGCCACAAGAACGUCAGUAAAGACUCCCUGCGAUUCGCCGCUGCCACCUUCUACUACAAACUCAAAGCAGCCGACGGAUACGUCCCGGCGAGCAAAUACCACGGCAACGUCACCCUGCUCCGCGCCAAGGCCAGCAGCGACUAUGGCGAUAAUCUGGGGGCUGACUACAAGCUGAGUGAGGUGUGUGACGGUAAGUUGUCGGUCCAUGUCAUCGAAGGAGACCACCGCAGCUUCCUGGAAGGCGAGGGGGUGGAGUCGAUCACCAGCAUCAUCCACAGCUCACUGGCUGAGCCGCGCGUCGGUGCCCGGGAGGGUUAGACCAAUCCCGUCCCCCAGCUUCCUCCUACUCCUGUCUUUAAACCGAAACCCCGACUGGUCUAUUUAUAAUGGGCGCAGCACCUGACCUAUCGAAACUCUUAGCUCGCUGCUACAGGGUAUGUUCCCAUGGGAACCAUGUGCUGUAUGCUUGUGCUUUAUCAAUAUGGUCUCUCUUAUUUGUACAUUUAAAAAGUCCUAGGAUAAAAAAUUCUGGCAACUUCUACGACAUUCCCAGGUUUACAGAAGUCCUGUUCGAAAGAUUCUCUGACUUCCUGCUUUUACAUUCUGAAACCAGGAUUUAUUUCCUAGAGUUCCUUUUGUGAAAGUUACCAGAGUUUUACAAUCCUGUCUGUUUAUCAUGGUUAGAGUCUUAGCAUCCAGUUAGCUCCUACUGUCAGUCCUAGUGCUCCAGUUACAACUAGAGCGUGUCUCAGCCUUGUAGCUAGCUGAGCAUGUGAGCCUGGCCUCGUUAGUCACUCGCUAGCCCUAGAUAACCUACCUAGUUGUUGUGACAGGACUGCUCAGCCGACAAGUCAGCUGGUGGCUCUUUAACUUGAUGAAGCUGUGUGUGUGUGAACUCGGACCCUCUAUCUGCGCACCUUGUGUAUUUGUGUGUAUGUUUGUGCAUGUUUGAUCUUCUGCCAAACCCGUAGAGCCCUCAUGACCCAGACGGUAACGUCUGUCCUGUACAUAAUGUGGCCCCCAUCUCUCACCGAUUGGUCUAAUAAUUGUCCAAGCUCUCCACCUGGAAACCUAGUGUGACUUUCUUAGGAGGGAACCAGUGUUAGAUUUUUUUUUUUUGUAGCGUCUUUUGAUUGUUUUGCCUGAAAGGAUUUGUUUACCAACUUUGGUUAUAAGUUAUGAUUCCUGUUUUCGUACAUUUUUAAAUGUUUGUUUCGUUGCCUUGGCAGAGAUGCAGUGACCUGUAGUGUUGUUACUUUGGUCUCCUUGAGGUAAGCUCACACAGUGGAAUGUUUAACACUCCCAAACACCCAACCCUGUCAACUAAAGGGGUUACUACAGAUACAGGCCGGGUGUAUUUAACACGACGUACUUGAUUAAAUUAAUAACUUAAUCAUAUUAAUAAUUUUUACAUUUAGGAAAUAAAUGGGACAAAACAAAUUAGUACUGCAUGUAUCAAUCUUAUUUUAGAACUGAGGUACCGUUUGAUAAGAGAUAAUGGGUUAAGAUCUAUAAUCAUGUGUUGCCUCCUGUGUGAGUAAACUUUUUAGGACAGACUGGAAAUCUACAGUUCACAUUUCUAUGAUGUCGGCAUCUUUGACAACAACAAAACAAUGUAUGCUUCUCUAUGUAACUUCAAUGGAUCACUAAUAAUACAAAAUUAACAUUGUUUUUAAUUUCCUUCAAUGUGAAGACCUUCCCUAACAUUCCUGAAAUGCUACAUAAGACUAAUGUUUUAAAUAUGUAGAAUAUGACAGCUGGCAACAUGCAGUGCUUCGUAACGCUUUGGCGUCUGUAAGAGACUAGAGCAGUGGUACAGUAUUUGGGUAGUGACAUCCUGCUAAACCAUUGGUUGUGUUCAGCAGCGUACAACUGAGGAGAUGGUUUCGCUAAUGAAAAUGAGGGUCCUUUUAUUGGAUGAAUUCAGUUCAUACCUCCCUGUUGAAAAAUAUUAUUUCCCGUUGCCCACUGAACACGAACUGUCUCACUGAAAGGGUAGUUGUUUUGUCCAAGCUUUCCUUUUUGUUUGUGAUGUCACGUCAGAAUGCAGACACCGCUGUGUGGACUCAUUGAUCUGAAGUAUGGCCUUGUUUUACAAUAGGUAGAAUUGCUCCCUAACAACUAGUCUAUGAUCAGAUGAUGUACUGCCCUGCUAAUGGUUCAUAUUAGGGGCUGGGUUAUCCGAUACAAGACUUGUAGUUACAGGACAGCUUUCUGCCUCCCACUGUUUUUGAAUCCUAUGACCUUUUCUGACCCCUGAAGGUCUUCCAUGAUGUAAGAUCAGGGGUCCAAUCCCAGAAUGCAACAAACUGAUCUGACCUCUGAGACUUCUAGUCAGGUCUAUGAAGAGUCAGGUGGCUGAUUCAAGCAUGGCGAUUGGCUGCAGUAGAAAGGAGGAAAUUGACAGUGUGCUUUUUCUGUAUUUUUAUUUUUUUCUUCAGUAUUUAUUUUACUAGUCCAAAUAAAGAGCUCUCACUAACA